ACUUGAAAAGUAGCAAGAAUACUCCAUGGCCCACACAUUGUUCUACUUGCAAUGUUUCUGGCCGAUCUUUAUCGAUUCCAUUGAGCGCAUGGUUGUCCGGCUCCAAGACCUAGUCUACUCCAUCACCAUCAAACCAGCUGGCUCCUCAAUGUUGCACCAGCCCUCCACCAAUAGCAUGUCCCCGACUACUUUUCUCCGAUAAUUCUUCUCUUGGCUCCCUCCUGUCACAUCUUUUUCGAGAAGUCCUCGCCACUUCUCAAUUACGAUCAAGCCACCAUAUACAAGUCUCCAUUUAUUUGAAUCAAGACCUCAGUGGAGAAGAUCAAAGCUUUUGCUAGUUCUCCGAUCUGGUUCUCCAAUCAUCCUCCAAAAUCAUGGCUGAAUUUGCAGUAACAGCUGCCAGUCCUGUUGUCAAAAUGGUGGUGGAGAAGUUGGCCUCUGGGCUAUGGAAGGAGCUGGGACUGGAGAGGAGCGUCUACACCGACAUGGAGAAGUUGCACAGCAAGUUAUCAACGAUCCAGAACGUGCUUGAUGAUGCAGAGAAGAAAUCUAUCACCAACAAAGCUCUGCAAGGUUGGUUGAAGAAACUCAAAGACGCAGCUUUAGAUGCUGACGAUGUGGUGGAUGAGUUCCAAACUGAAGCACUGCGGCGAAGAAUGGAGAGAUAUGACCGCAUGACUGGAAAGGUGCGUGACUUCUUUUCCUCAAACAAUCCAAUCGCAUUUCGAUAUAAAAUUGGUGGCAAGAUAAGAGAGAUUAGGGAGAGAUUUGAUGAAAUUACAAAGGAGAACAAUGAUUUUAAUUUGAUGGUGAUCAAAUCUGACUCAGAUAGGACUGUGAGCCGUGAGACCAAGUCAUUAACUGUUGAAUCUGAAAUUUAUGGAAGAGAUAAUGAAAAAAAUGAGGUCAUCCAAAUCUUAGUCGACAAAGACAAUGACAAAAAUAUCUCAAUCCUCCCAAUAGUUGGCCUCGGUGGUAUUGGAAAGACUACCCUUGCUCAAACAGUCUAUCAUAAUGAAAGGAUUGAGGAGCACUUCGAGCUUCGAAUGUGGGUGUGCGUGGGUGAAAAUUUUGAUGAAGAAGUGGUCUUGCAGAAAAUGAUUGUACAGGUUCCAGGGGAACCAAAAAAUUCGUCCACCCUGGAGACCAAGUCAUCUUUCUUGGAAAAAGAAUUGAGAACAAAAAGAUUUCUUUUGGUUCUUGAUGAUCUGUGGAAUGAAGAUGAAUUGGAAUGGGAAAAACUAAAACCCUUGUUCGAGCAUGCCAAAUUAGGUAGCAAGAUCAUUGUAACGACACGCAGCGAACGUGUUGCUUCUAUAGCUGGAACCAUCGUCCCACCAUGCAGACUUCAAGGGUUAGGAAUUGAUUGCUGUUGGAUUCUGUUCAAGCAAAGGGCAUUUAGGUCUGAGACGGAAGAAGAUAACCCCGAAUUGGUGGAAAUUGGAUGGGAGAUGGUUAAAAAGUGUGGAGGUUUGCCUUUAGCAGCAAAAGCUCUCGGGAGUCUGAUGAGCUCUAAAAGAGGGAAAGACGAGUGGCUAGCUAUCAAAAACAAUGAGAUUUGGCAGUUAUCUGAAGAUGAGAUUGGAAUUCUCCAUGUACUAAAGUUGAGUUAUAAUCAUUUACCUUCUCACUUGAAGCGGUGUUUCACGUACUGUUCUGUGUUCCCGAAAGAUCAUAUAUUUGAAAUGACGAGAUUGAUUCAGUUGUGGAUGGCUGAAGGACUCAUUGAUACAUCACGUACUUCCCAAAAUGCAGAGGACAUUGGCAAGCAAUACUUUGAUAAUUUGUUGUCGAGAUCAUUCUUUCAAGAUGUCCAAUUGUAUGAGAAAAUUAAUCAAGUGACUUGUAAGAUGCAUGAUUUAGUCCAUGAUCUUGCAUGUUCCAUCACAGAGGAUGAAGCUUUAGUCAUGGAGGGGGAUACGAAGGGCAUUUCACAUGGAUGCCGUUAUCUAUCGGUACCAUAUUCUUCUGGGUCAUCAAUUGAUUUCAAGACAACUUAUGAAGCCAAAAAAUUGAGAUCGCUUGUUUUGUUAGAGGCAGGAUAUCGUAGUAACGUUGAUGUGGAUGAAUUUAUCUUCAAUGCAACAAAAACUUUCACCCAGUUACGUGCAUUGG